GGACCGAGGAGCCGGCGGCGGCAGCAGCAGCCGGGUUGCUAGGGAUGGAGAGAUCCCGUGUCACCCGGAUGUGAGUGUCAUGUUGGCCCAAACUCUGAGGGAUUUGGCAGCGGCGAAGCAGCAGCGGCAGGAGGAGGAGGAGCAGCAGCAGCCCCUCGCACGUCUCUAGUCACUACAAUGGGGGUCGGGUAGCGCAGGGGCAGCGCGCACCUGGCUCGGGGUGGGGUUGGGGGGCGUCUCUGCCCUUUUCUGUUUUUUCAUUUUCCUCUCACACGCUGGAGAAAGUGAGAAAAAUGCACCAGCAGCAGCAGCCCGAGCAGCACCCUGAAGAGGUGAACUAUGCAAGCAGCACCAGGAUUCCUCUCCCUGGUGACGGACCAGCUAUUCAGUCAAACAGUUCAGCACCAUCCAAGCAAACUGUUCUAUCUUGGCAAGCUGCAAUCGAUGCUGCUAGACAAGCAAAGGCUGCCCAAAACAUGAGUACCACCACAGCCCAGCCUGUAGGAUCUCUGUCCCAAAGAAAACGCCAGCAAUAUGCCAAGAGCAAAAAACAGGGUAAUACGUCCAAUAGUCGGCCACCCCGUGCCCUUUUCUGUUUAUCCCUCAAUAAUCCAAUACGAAGAGCCUGCAUUAGUCUAGUAGAAUGGAAACCAUUUGACAUAUUUAUACUACUGUCUAUUUUUGCCAAUUGUGUGGCCUUAGCUGUUUACAUCCCAUUCCCAGAAGAUGAUUCUAAUUCAACUAAUCAUAAUUUGGAAAAAGUAGAAUAUGCCUUCCUGAUAAUUUUUACAGUUGAAACAUUUUUGAAGAUUAUAGCAUAUGGAUUAUUAUUACACCCCAAUGCAUAUGUUAGAAACGGAUGGAAUUUAUUGGAUUUUGUAAUAGUAAUAGUAGGAUUAUUUAGUGUAAUAUUGGAACAAUUAACCAAAGAAACAGAUGGUGGCAGCCACUCAGGUGGCAAACCUGGUGGCUUUGAUGUCAAAGCCCUAAGAGCCUUUCGUGUAUUGCGACCUCUCCGACUUGUAUCAGGAGUGCCCAGUUUACAAGUUGUCCUGAACUCCAUUAUAAAAGCCAUGGUCCCCCUCCUCCAUAUUGCCCUUUUGGUAUUGUUUGUAAUCAUAAUCUAUGCUAUUAUAGGAUUGGAACUUUUUAUUGGAAAAAUGCACAAAUCUUGUUUUCUUAUUGAUUCAGAUAUCCUAGUUGAAGACGAUCCAGCACCUUGUGCAUUCUCAGGGAACGGCCGUCAGUGCGUCAUGAACGGCACCGAAUGUAAGGGUGGAUGGGUUGGGCCCAACGGAGGCAUAACCAACUUCGACAACUUUGCAUUUGCCAUGCUGACUGUGUUCCAGUGCAUAACCAUGGAAGGAUGGACUGAUGUGUUGUACUGGGUAAAUGAUGCAAUAGGAUGUGAGUGGCCAUGGAUCUAUUUUGUUAGUCUUAUCAUCCUUGGCUCAUUUUUCGUACUUAACCUGGUUCUUGGUGUACUUAGUGGAGAAUUUUCCAAAGAAAGAGAAAAAGCCAAGGCCCGAGGGGACUUUCAGAAGCUGCGUGAAAAACAACAGCUUGAGGAAGACCUGAAGGGAUAUUUAGACUGGAUUACCCAGGCAGAAGACAUUGACCCCGAGAAUGAUGAAGAGGCUGAUGAAGAAGGCAAGAGGAACACGAGCAUGCCCACCAGCGAGACCGAGUCCGUGAACACGGAGAACGUCAGCGGGGAGGGGGAGAGCCCGGCGUGCUGCGGGAGCUUGUGUCAAACCAUCUCAAAAUCCAAGUUCAGUCGACGCUGGCGUCGCUGGAACCGCUUUAACAGAAGAAAAUGUAGGGCUGCAGUAAAAUCUGUCACAUUUUAUUGGCUUGUUAUUGUCUUGGUCUUUUUGAACACUUUAACUAUCUCAUCAGAGCAUUACAAUCAACCUGACUGGCUGACACAGAUCCAAGAUAUCGCAAAUAAAGUUCUUCUGGCUUUAUUCACCUGUGAAAUGUUAGUAAAGAUGUACAGCUUGGGCCUACAGGCCUAUUUUGUUUCUCUCUUUAACCGCUUUGAUUGCUUCGUUGUUUGUGGUGGCAUUGUUGAAACCAUUUUGGUGGAGUUGGAAAUUAUGUCACCCCUUGGAAUUUCAGUGUUUCGCUGUGUUCGUCUCCUGCGUAUUUUUAAAGUAACAAGGCACUGGGCAUCCCUGAGCAACUUGGUAGCAUCCUUGUUAAACUCAAUGAAGUCCAUUGCUUCACUGUUGCUUCUGCUUUUCCUCUUCAUCAUAAUCUUCUCGUUGCUUGGAAUGCAGCUGUUUGGAGGCAAAUUUAAUUUUGAUGAAACUCAAACAAAACGGAGCACCUUCGAUAAUUUUCCACAAGCCCUUUUAACUGUAUUCCAGAUCCUAACAGGUGAAGACUGGAAUGCUGUCAUGUAUGAUGGCAUAAUGGCAUACGGUGGUCCCUCAUCCUCAGGCAUGAUCGUCUGUAUAUAUUUCAUUAUCCUCUUCAUCUGUGGUAACUAUAUCUUGCUAAACGUUUUCUUGGCCAUUGCUGUGGAUAACUUGGCAGAUGCUGAAAGUCUAAAUACGGCUCAGAAAGAAGAAGCUGAAGAAAAGGAAAGAAAAAAGAAUGCGAGAAAGGAGAGUCUGGAAAAUAAAAAAAGUGAGAAGACAGAAGGUGACCAAAAGAAGCCCAAGGAUAGUAAGGUGACAAUUGGCGAAUAUGGAGAAGGAGAGGAUGAGGAUAAAGAUCCCUAUCCCCCCUGUGAUGUACCAGUAGGUGAAGAUGAAGAAGAUGAGGAGGAUGAACCAGAGGUACCAGCAGGCCCACGUCCCCGUAGAAUAUCAGAACUCAACAUGAAGGAGAAGAUCACACCAAUCCCUGAAGGGAGUGCCUUCUUCAUUUUCAGCAGCACCAAUCCAAUUCGAGUGGGAUGCCACAGACUUAUCAAUCACCACAUCUUCACCAAUCUCAUCCUUGUCUUCAUCAUGCUGAGCAGUGUUUCCUUGGCAGCAGAAGAUCCUAUUCGCAGCCACUCUUUUCGAAAUAAUAUACUUGGUUACUUUGACUAUGCUUUCACAGCCAUCUUUACUGUUGAAAUCCUGUUAAAGAUGACAGCUUUUGGAGCAUUCCUUCAUAAAGGGUCCUUCUGCAGGAAUUAUUUUAAUUUGCUGGAUUUGCUGGUUGUGGGCGUUUCUCUGGUAUCAUUUGGGAUUCAAUCAAGUGCUAUCUCAGUCGUGAAGAUUCUCAGAGUUUUAAGAGUCUUGAGACCUCUAAGGGCAAUAAACAGAGCAAAAGGACUUAAGCACGUCGUUCAAUGUGUCUUUGUGGCUAUUAGAACUAUUGGUAAUAUCAUGAUUGUUACAACUCUGCUGCAAUUCAUGUUUGCUUGUAUUGGGGUGCAGCUAUUUAAGGGAAAAUUCUACAAGUGCACUGAUGAGGCAAAACAGAACCCCGAGGAAUGCCGAGGGAUUUACAUCGUUUACAAGGACGGAGAUGUCGACAGUCCCAUGGUCAAAGAGAGGGUCUGGCAAAACAGUGACUUCAACUUUGAUAAUGUUCUGUCUGCUAUGAUGGCCCUUUUCACAGUCUCCACCUUUGAAGGCUGGCCAGCGCUGCUAUACAAAGCCAUUGAUUCAAAUGGCGAGAAUGUAGGACCUGUAUACAACUAUAGAGUGGAAAUCUCCAUUUUUUUCAUCAUCUAUAUCAUCAUUAUUGCUUUCUUUAUGAUGAACAUAUUUGUUGGUUUUGUGAUUGUUACAUUCCAAGAACAGGGAGAGCAAGAGUACAAGAACUGUGAGCUGGACAAAAAUCAGCGUCAGUGUGUAGAGUAUGCCUUGAAGGCACGUCCUCUCCGUAGAUAUAUUCCAAAAAACCCUUACCAGUACAAGUUCUGGUAUGUGGUGAAUUCUACUGGAUUCGAAUACAUCAUGUUUGUCCUCAUCAUGCUGAACACCCUUUGCUUGGCCAUGCAGCAUUACGGACAGUCUAAGCUAUUUAAUGAUGCGAUGGACAUUAUGAACAUGGUUUUCACAGGAGUGUUCACUGUUGAAAUGGUUUUGAAACUGAUUGCAUUCAAACCCAAGGGCUAUUUUAGUGAUGCCUGGAAUACGUUUGACUCCCUCAUCGUUAUUGGCAGCAUAGUAGACGUCGUUCUCAGUGAAGCUGAUCACUAUUUCACUGAUGCAUGGAACACUUUUGAUGCCUUAAUUGUUGUUGGUAGCGUCGUUGAUAUUGCUAUAACAGAAGUUAAUAACUCUGAGGACAGCGCUCGCAUCUCCAUCACUUUUUUCCGUCUCUUCCGCGUGAUGAGGUUGGUGAAGCUGCUGAGCAGAGGAGAAGGGAUCAGAACAUUACUCUGGACAUUUAUCAAGUCAUUUCAGGCUCUGCCUUACGUUGCCCUUCUGAUUGCCAUGCUGUUCUUCAUCUAUGCUGUCAUUGGAAUGCAGGUAUUUGGAAAAGUUGCUAUGAGGGACAACAAUCAAAUAAACAGAAACAACAAUUUUCAGACUUUCCCCCAAGCUGUGCUUCUUCUCUUCAGGUGUGCUACUGGAGAAGCCUGGCAGGAAAUCAUGCUGGCAUGUUUGCCUGGAAAGCGCUGUGAUCCAGAAUCUGAUUAUAAUCCUGGGGAAGAAUACACAUGUGGAAGCAAUUUUGCCAUCAUUUAUUUUAUCAGUUUUUACAUGCUCUGUGCAUUUUUGAUUAUAAACUUAUUUGUGGCUGUCAUUAUGGAUAAUUUUGAUUAUUUGACACGUGACUGGUCUAUUCUGGGCCCCCAUCAUUUGGAUGAAUUCAAAAGAAUAUGGUCAGAAUAUGACCCCGAAGCAAAGGGAAGGAUAAAGCACCUCGAUGUGGUGACACUGCUGAGACGGAUUCAGCCACCGCUUGGUUUUGGCAAGUUGUGCCCUCACCGAGUGGCCUGCAAGAGGUUAGUAGCCAUGAAUAUGCCACUAAAUAGUGAUGGGACCGUCAUGUUCAAUGCUACUUUAUUUGCUUUGGUUAGGACUGCUCUAAAGAUAAAAACAGAAGGUAACCUGGAGCAAGCCAAUGAAGAACUUAGAGCAGUCAUAAAGAAAAUAUGGAAGAAAACGAGCAUGAAAUUACUUGACCAAGUGGUCCCUCCUGCUGGCGAUGAUGAGGUAACCGUGGGGAAGUUCUAUGCCACCUUCCUGAUACAGGACUACUUUAGGAAAUUCAAGAAACGCAAAGAACAAGGACUGGUGGGGAAACAUCCUGCGAAGAACACCACGAUUGCUCUGCAGGCAGGACUAAGGACACUUCAUGAUAUUGGCCCAGAAAUACGCCGAGCUAUAUCCUGUGACUUGCAAGAUGAUGAACCAGAGGAAAACAAUCCAGAGGAGGAGGAAGAAGUUUAUAAAAGGAAUGGUGCCCUCUUUGGCAACCACAUAAACCACAUUAGCAGUGACAGACGAGAUUCAUUUCAGCAAAUCAACACCACACACCGUCCCUUACACGUCCAGCGGCCUUCAAUCCCCUCUGCGAGUGAUACUGAGAAAAACAUGUAUCAUCAGGCAGGAAACUCUGUGUACCACAACCAUCACAAUCACAACUCGGUAGGAAAGCACGUUCCAAACUCAACAAAUGCCAAUCUCAAUAAUGCCAACGUGUCCAAAGUCCAUGGAAAACACACAGGUUUUGGAAAUCGUGAGCACAGAUCUGAAAACAGAUACCACUCCCACUCCAGGACUGACCACGAGAAGCGUAGAAGGCCAAGCAGUAGGAGAACACGCUACUAUGAAACAUAUAUUAGAUCUGACACUGGUGAUGGGCGCCGACCUACCAUUCGCAGGGAAGAACAUGAAGUGCAAGACUAUUGCAAUGAUGAUCAUUAUUUGGCAGAGCAGGAGUAUUACAGUGGAGAAGAAUAUUAUGAGGAUGACAGUAUGUUGUCAGGAAACAGACAUAGAUGUGAUUACCACUGUAGAUAUCACUGCCAUGACUCAGAUUUUGAGAGACCAAAAGGUUACCAUCACCCACAUGGUUUUUUUGAGGAAGAUGAUUCACAGAUGUGUUAUGAUACAAAAAGAUCUCCUAGGAGACGGCUGCUACCUCCAACACCACCACCACACAGACGAUCUUCCUUUAAUUUCGAAUGCCUCCGCCGACAGAGUAGCCAAGACGAGAUCCCACUCUCUCCUAAUUUCCACCAUCGCACAGCUUUGCCACUUCACUUAAUGCAGCAGCAGGUGAUGGCUGUGGCAGGCCUGGACUCCAGCAAAGCUCAUAAACAUUCACCGAGUCGCUCGACGCGUUCCUGGGCCACCCCGCCUGCCACCCCUCCCAACAGGGACCGCUCCCCCUAUUACACCCCCCUGAUCCAGGUGGACAGGGCUGACUCCACAGAGCACAUGAACGGCAGCCUGCCUUCCCUGCACAGGAGCUCCUGGUACACGGACGACCCCGACAUCUCCUACAGGACCUUCACACCAGCCAGCCUGACCGUCCCCAACGACUUCAGGCACAAACACAGCGACAAGCAGAGGAGUGCAGACAGCCUGGUGGAAGCGGUACUUAUAUCUGAAGGCCUGGGAAGGUAUGCAAAGGACCCUAAAUUUGUUUCAGCUACAAAACACGAGAUUGCUGAUGCCUGUGACAUGACUAUUGAUGAGAUGGAGAGUGCAGCAAGUAACCUUCUCAAUGGAAAUAUCAGCAAUGGGGCCAACGGGGAUAUGUUUCCAAUUUUAAGCAGACAAGAUUACGAACUUCAAGAUUUUGGUCCUGGCUACAGCGACGAAGAGCCGGAAACGGGACGAUAUGAAGAGGACUUAGCUGAUGAAAUGAUAUGCAUUACAAGCUUAUAGUACUUAGCAAGGAAAAAUGUUCUAAUAACAGAAAAAGUGCCUCAUAGUUUCACGAUGCUAGGCACUAGCUGGAAUGAAUAACCAAUCCAAGUUUUGUAUGAGUGAUGUCACACCUCAAGGAAGCCAUAACUAAUAAAUUUAUUAUCUCCAGGUUGCCGAAAUGUGAACAGAGCUGCAGUAGGUCAAGUCUCCUCCCACAGAACUUUCAGUUCCUCUGUAGGAAUAAGGUUAUUUUGAAACCAAGCAGAUUGUGACAAUCAGUUUUUUGAGGGCUAGAGCAGGAUUCUGAGGUGUAAUAUCUUGCCUGUCUUUCAACCUUGUGCUGCUGUCCUUCCUAGUAGAGCAGGAUUUUGUCAGUGACAAUGUCUGUAGAGGUCUGGCACAAGAUUGUGCGGGAAACAGCACCAUGAGAUGAGUGAUGACAACCAAUAAUGUCAUUACCUCAGUGCUCAAAAGCAUAUCAGAUACCAUUGCAUAUCCAUUCUAACAUUGUUCUCAAACUUGCCUCCUGAUUUCUUUUCUUAAUGCUCUUCUAAAAUACAAUUUGUCAUGCUCUACCUGUUAGAGAUCGUUGGAAAAAGAAGUUAUAUAAAGAAUAAUCUGUCAUAUGUAACAUCAGUUUACAUAGGAAAAUAUCAUUCAGAUGGUCUGUUUUAUGACUAUCAUGUUAAGGGCAAAAUAUACUGGAAUAAUUGCAUUCUUACUAAUGCACUUGCAACCAGGUUAUAGUAGAAUUAGAUAAGAUAGUUUGCUAAAAAUUAUAUAGUAGAAAAUAUUGUAAAUUAAUUGUAAUAUACAAUGAUUUGUAUUUGUAAAGAGAUGUUCUAUAUUUUGUAAUUAUUGUACCGUAAUUGAACUGCAGCAAUAUUUAUGGACCCUAAUUAUUGUAACUCUCCACAGAAUUCUAGAUAGAAGUAUUUUUACUUGGAAUAUAUAGAUCUAUAGCUUAAAUAUUUAAAUAGAGCCACCUCUCAGUGUAAAUCUCUUUUUGGGAUAAAGUGUCAAGUUUGAACUUGGCAACAGAUCAGAUUUUGUUUUUUAAUAAUUGAGUCUAAUAAAUCUCUCUGCAAAAGGGAUGCACCGUUGACUACUUAGUCUUAUACUUGGAAAGGUAAAAAAAUUUAAAGUAAUUUCAACUUUUUUUUCUGACUGAAAAGUAAGUUCUAAUUUUAUUUUUGUAAUAACCCCAUGCAAAAAAGCCCCAAACCCAAAAACCUUGGCAAGUUCAUGCCAGGGUAUUCCUGGUCAUGAGGCAAUUAGUUUUGACAAAGCGUAAUACCUACGUACCUUAAACUGACACAGAAAAUAUCUGAGGCAGAAAAUACUUCACAGGUAAAUGAAAAUGCUUUACUUGAGUACCAUUUUCUCUGCUUGGAAAGAGAAGAAAUGUGAUAGUAUGAUUCUACACAGAACCAAAAACCUUGAUAUAAAAAAUAUUUUAUUUUAUUGCCUCUUCCUUUCUGUUGUUCUAUGUGUACUAUUUCAAAGAUUUAUUUUUAUGCAAUCAAGAGAGGGCUUCGCUAUUGUUCACAAUGCAGUAAAAUCCUGAAAUGUCUUUGAGGCUGAAAUGACCUUGGAGGAUAAUUAAAACACCCUGAAAGCUACUGUCUACUUUGUUAGCACUGGAUAACAAUGACUUGUUCUAACAAGUUAUCUUAUCAGGUUUUACCUGUAGUUCCUAUGCUAGAUAGCAAUCCAGUUCACAUUUUUACAAAUGUGAUGUUUAAAACAUGUCAAUAAACAUUUUGUACAUAAUGACAGUUUCCUAUGAAUAGCUUACAGACUUCCUCUGAAAUCAUUCUUAUUUCAAAUGCCAGGAUAAGAACUUAAAGGUUUGUAAAUGAUUUCUUGACCUACAUCAUUUUGUAUUAAAACAAAUGCAAAAUGUUCUCCAAAUAAAACUGUGUAAUAAUUUUAUUAUACUU